GUAGAAGAGGCUGGCGGCGGAACGCCCCCGCCCCGCAGGGUUGCCGGCGGAAAGGGCUCACUGCCGGCGAGGAGGAGCAGAAGGGGCGCCCGGGUACAGCCCUGUGCUGCCCGUCUUCUCUCCGCCACAGUGACCGGCGGUCGUGCGGAGCAACUCCGCUCUCGGUCAGCAUCGCCUUUGUGUCCCGGAGCGCUGCCGUGUCCCGGAGCCUGCAGGCACCGGCUCUGCCAGGAUCGAGGAGCGGGGAAGGCGGGGCUGGAAACACCUACCCCAGCUCUGCUGAAGCAAAACAACGUGCGCUUUCUGCCUCUUGUUUUUUUUUACAGACGUCACUGGCAAUCCCCUAAUUUAGGGGAGACUGAGUCAUCGCUUCUGAGCGGCCAGACUCGCUGGUGCAGGCGCUGCUCGGCGAGGCCCUGACGCUGCGGGAGCGGCGGCCUGGUGGGCACCUCAGCGGCUCAGCCCCUGCUAAAUGGUUUUGCUGCUGUCAACAGCUUGGUGUGUGAACGCCAGAAUUGGGGUUUUCAGGGAAGAACAGGCAGCUGUUUAGCAAUACUUCAGUAUCCUCCCUUCCACCCUCCACUGGGAGACAUGCACCCAUAACUUUCUGAGGAGUGGAGACGGUACCACAGACCAAACUUUUUGAACUGAUACCGACCCACUGUUUCGGGCAGAUGUCAGAGGCACUUCCUUGUUUUCUGAAGAUCCCUGUACAGCUGUGGGCCGACAGUGUAUGACCAUGCACACCUCGGGCAUGCCUGGUGAGUCGUGGAUUGCAGCAUGGGGCCAUCCAGGCAGAUACACAGUGCUGGACACCCCCGUGCCAGUGGUGCCAGGGGAUCCAGGUGGAUACAUGGUACUGGACAUCCCCAGGCUGCAGUGUGUGUCCGUGACUGGUGACACGAGGCCCAGCCCUUCACCUCCUGUGCUGUGCAAAGCUCCUAUGUUAGGUUUGAUAUAAUUCGAAGGAUAAUGACAAGGUUUUUUGGAAUUGAAGUUAUCAUGGUGAUGGGGAUCACAGACAUAGAUGACAAGAUAAUAAAAAGAGCCAAUGAGAUGAAUAUAUCGCCAAUAGCUCUUGCUCGUAUUUAUGAAGAAGACUUUAAACAAGAUAUGGCUGCCUUAAAGGUCCUUCCUCCUACGGUAUAUAUGAGGGUGACUGACAAUAUUCCUCAAAUAAUUUCCUUUAUAGAAACAAUAAUGUCCAGUGGACAAGCUUAUGCAACCUCGCAAGGCAAUGUUUAUUUUGAUGUUAAAUCCUGGGGAAGAAGAUACGGAGUGUUAACUGCUAUUAACCCUGAUACCCAAGAUGAAGCAGUUGAUUCUGAUAAACGACAUGGUAAAGAUUUUGCCCUGUGGAAGGCUGCCAAGCCACAAGAGCUAUCUUGGAAUUCUCCCUGGGGAAAAGGACGACCUGGAUGGCACAUUGAAUGUUCCACAAUAUCGAGUGCAGUGUUUGGAAAACAGCUGGACAUCCAUACCGGUGGAAUAGAUCUUGCAUUUCCUCAUCAUGAAAAUGAAAUUGCGCAGUGUGAGGUGUAUCAUCAGUGUGAGCAAUGGGGGAAUUACUUUCUGCAUUCUGGGCAUUUGCAUGUUAAAGGAAGUCAAGAAAAAAUGUCAAAGUCAUUAAAAAACUACAUAACAAUUAAGGAUUUCCUGAAGAAAUGUUCAUCAGAUCAAUUCAGAAUGUUUUGUUUGCGUGGCAGAUACAGCUCAGCAAUAGAAUAUAGUGAGGAGAGCAUGGAAGAUGCAAAGAACCGUCUUCAGGCAAUUUCCUCAUUUAUUAGAGAUGCAAAUGCUUAUAUAAAAGGACAGCUGGUGUGUGACCCUGUUAGAGAAGACAUAUUGUGGGAAAGGCUAGCCAACACAAAAGCAACCGUGAAGGCUGCGUUUGCAGAUGACUUUGACACCUCCAGGGCUGUUGCAGCAAUUAUGGACCUCAUUCACCAUGGCAACAGACAGCUUAAGGCUGUUACUAAGGAUGCUGGAUCUCCUAGAAGCUCUGUUGUGUAUGGAAGCAUUAUUUCCUAUAUUGAAGGCUUUUUCAAUGCCCUUGGGAUGUCCUUUGGAGAAAGACAGGUGGCUUUGGGAGGAGACAAGUCUGCAGUGCUCUCCAGUGUCAUUGAAGAGCUGGUGAGGUUCCGCUCGAAGGUGCGGCAUUACGCGCUGGCUCUGCCGCGAGCAGCAGGCGCUGCACCACUGGAGGGUGCGGCGGGAGCCGAGGAACCCAAACAGGAGCAGAAGGAAAAGAGGAAGCAGUUAAUGCAGGAGAGAAAGCCCCUCUUGGAGGCUUGUGACAGUCUGCGUGGAGACCUUGCUGCCUUUGGAAUCCACAUACAGGACAGAGCUGCUGUUUCAACCUGGGAAAUUGUGGAAGGAGGGCAGACAGAGAAGCAGACUGAGAAAAAAAGCUGAUCCUUCAUCCUUGGACUUGUUUUUUAUUUCAGCUACUUCAGCAACUGUUGUAAAUACUAAUUCUUUCAAAAUAAAAUCUGUUGAACAGAA